GAAGGAGAGAGAGAGAGAGAGAAAAGAGAUAGAAAGGGGGCAAAGGCAGAGAGGGAGGGGGAGGAUUUUUGUUUUAUCUGCUUCAGAAGCUCCAUAGGUAAAGUGGAAGUGUUGUAAACCUGUUUGUGUCUUGGCUUCGCCGAGCCUCGUGUGUCUGGUGAGUGCAUGUGGAUGUCAGAUUCAUCUGUUAACAGCACCGACUGAAGGCAGAGAAGAAAUCUAGCGAUUGGAACCUCGAUAUUUCUCAUUCACACACUUCACAUACGCAUUGCUUGUUAGACUUUUAUAGACACAAACAUAUAUAUAUAUAUAUAUAUAUAUAUAUUGCUGUAUAUAUAUAUAUAUAUAUAUGUUUGUAUCUACACACGCGUAUAUGUAUACAUAACAGUGAUAUAGAUCGACCUGAAGAGAUAGAUGACGUUACGAAGUGAAGCCUGCACCAACAUGUUCAUCGCAUCGAAAUCGAGGAGGACGUCUAGCAGUGGCCGCGACUCCAGGCCCGAUUCAUCGACACCAAUUGCGAAGAGUGUGGUUAGCAACGAUACAGACUACAGUAGUGAUAUUAUUAACAUGACAUCAGCGGAUUCUGCGGCUGUAUCUACCAUAGAUACUGCUGGUACUACAAUAAUAACAUCUGCUGCCAGACGCCAACACAUGAGAACAGGCAAACCAUAUGUGUCGCCGUUGACCUCACCUUCCUGGCCGGGCCCACGGGUUUGCAGAUCGGGUGUUCGAACGAAUCGUGUGGGUGUCAGGAAAACAGCUAGUGCGGUCGAAAAUGUUGGCUUCAAUCUGACCAAGAUGCUACACCGAUUCUGCAGUCCGACAAGUUCGUCAGUUUUUACCAUCCUAUGUCUUAUAUGUUUGUUGUGCUUCCCUGGUUGUGUCGAGGGCUUAGGCGAAAUCACGUGGGCAGUGAACUGUGGCGGUGGAGUCCACACCGACAUCCACGGGAUUCGAUACCAAGCCGACUACCUCAAGACUGGAAUAGCGUCUGAUUAUGGAAAAAACCUGAUGAUACAAAGGAUCGUUCCCCAAGACCAGAUUCUAUACCAAACUGAGAGAUAUCACACAUCAACUUUCGGCUAUGAAAUUCCUAUCAAAGAAGACGGAGACUAUGUAUUGACGUUGAAGUUCUGUGAAGUCUGGUUCACAUCACCCAACCAAAAGAUAUUUGAUGUGGUUUUAAAUGGAGAACAUACCAUUGUAGAUGAACUUGAUAUUUUUGCCAAAGUUGGAAGAGGUGUGGCACAUGAUGAGAUGCUAACGUUUUCAGUGAAAAAUGGUAAAGUGAGAGUAAAUGGAGAAACAUCACAGAUUGAUGGCAAAAUUACUGUGGAGUUUAUUAAGGGUGACUCAGACAAUCCAAAAAUUAAUGCCAUUUACGUUAUGAAGGGUACUCUAGAUGAUGUUCCAAAGCUUCCACCACUCCCUGGUGCUGAUACUCCUCAUGGUGAGGAGGAGGAAGAGGAGGAAGAAGACGAAAGCUCAGAAGCCAGGUCCCCCUCAAAGUCCCGCCGUCCUUCAGGGCCAAAGGUCCAAGACCCUUAUGCUGCCGACGAUACUAGCACCAUGUUGUUGCCUGUAUUUGUGGCCAUAGGGGCCUUCAUACCACUCCUUUUUUGUCUAUGUAGACUAUGACGCUAGAUAUAAAAGGCUUCGGAUUGGGCUGAAGACAUCAUUCAUUCAAGUGAGAGGAGUGGGCAGGGGUCGGGGAGGUGCAUAUGGGGUGGCGGGGCUGGUUUAUAUGGGGACGGGUUAAC